AUGUCUGAACAAAUGAAAUUGGAGGGUAACCUUAUUGGCCACAGAGGGCACGUCACCCAAAUAGCCGUAAACCCAACCAAUCCAAAUGUUAUUGUUUCUUCUUCUCGCGACAAAUCUAUCAUUUCAUGGAAUCUUGAAAACUACGAAAAAGACUUUAGCGGAGUUUCUGGAUCAUAUCUUACAGGAAAACCAAAUAAAGCUUACCUUGGACAUGAUCACUUUGUUUCCGAUGUUGUCUUAUCUGUUGAUGGACAAUUUGCUCUUACCGGAUCAUGGGAUAAAACCCUCCGUCUCUGGGAUUUAAAUACUGGAAAAACAUCAAGAACUUUCCAAGCUCACACUAAUGAUGUUCUUUCAGUUGCUUUUUCAGCUGAUAACCGUCAAAUUGUUUCAGCUUCUCGUGACAGAAGUAUCAAGCUCUGGAAUACUCUUGGAGAAUGCAAACACUCUAUUGAUAAUGCUCACAAUGGAUGGGUCUCAACUGUUAGAUUCUCUCCAUCAUCACACAACCCAGUAAUUGUUUCUGCUGGAUGGGACAAUGUUGUCAAAGUCUGGUCUCUUACUGACUGUUCUCUUAGAACUAACCAUCAUGGACACAAAGGAUACAUCAAUGAUGUUACUGUUUCACCAGACGGUUCUCUUUGCGCUUCUGGAGGCAAAGACGGAAAUGCUAUGCUCUGGGACUUCAAUGAAGGAAAACACUUGUACACUCUUGAUGGUAAUGAUGUUAUCAAUGCACUUGCCUUCUCACCAAACAGAUACUGGCUUUGCGCUGCUGUUGGAUCAACUGUUAAGAUUUGGGAUCUUGAACACAAACGCAUUGUUGAUGAACUUAAAAUCGACAUUUCUGCUAAAGGUGCCAAAGCUCGUGCUCCAGAAUGUACUUCUAUCGCUUGGUCUGCUGAUGGACAAACUCUUUUCGCUGGAUACACAGACAAUGUUAUCCGUGUCUGGAGAGUCUAUAAUGCCGCCAAAAACUAA